AUGGCCAUGAACCCAAUUCAAGAGGUGGAAGUAUUCGAUGUAUGGAGAAUCGACUUUAUGGGACCAUUUGUCAGCUCAUAUAACAACAAGUACAUACUUGUAGCGGUGGACUAUGUCUCGAAAUGGGUAGAAGCCAUGGCACUUCCAACAAAUGAUGCAAAGGCAGUUAUUAGUUUCCUGAGAAAGAACAUCUUCACCCGAUUUGGCACUCCAAGAGCUAUCAUUAGUGAUGGGGGCACCCACUUCUGCAACCGAGCCUUUGCAACGUUGUUGGAAAAAUAUGGCAUUCGCCAUAAAGUUGCUACUCCGUAUCACCCACAAACAAGUGGGCAAGUCAAGGUGUCAAACAGAGAAAUCAAGAUUGUUUUGACCAAAACUGUAAAUGCUACUUGGGUUGAUUGGGCAAGAAAAUUGGAUGAUGCGCUAUGGGCUUACCGCACUGCAUUCAAAACUCUGAUUGGUAUGUCACCGUAUAAAUUGGUAUUUGGAAAGGCAUGUCACUUCCCGGUGGAGUUAGAGCAUAAAGCCUUCUGGGCAUUACGACAAUUAAAUCUGGACUUCGAGGCCGCUGGAACUAGUAGAGUCAUAGAGCUGUAUGAACUUGACGAGUUUCGUUACCAUGCUUUAGAGAGCAAAUUGAAGUCAAGAUGGUCAGGACCAUUUCGUGUUCUAGAGAUUCAUCCCACCGGAGCCGUAGAGAUUGCUUCAGAAGAUGGUUCUCGCAAGUUCAGAGUCAUUGGUAACAGAUUGAAACAUUAUUUGGGCAUGGAUGAGACGAAAGUAGUAUCGGAACUAACAUGUUUGCAGGCAAUUUUGGCGGAUCGUGCACUGGACCUCGCUUCGCCAGGUCCCCAGCGAGCUAGGCCAGGCGGAAAGCCUCGCGUCGCCAGCGUUAUUUCUCGCAUGNAUCUCACACACUCACGCCUCAAGAACCCUCCCUCACAAACCCUUUGA